AUGACGAACCAUCAUACCCCACGUCCCAAGACCAUGCGAGCUGUUAUCUGGGAAGGCAGGCCCUACGAGAUGGCUGUGAAGGCCGACAUCCCGCUGCCGCGUCUCAAGGAGCCCGAAGACGCCAUUGUUCGUAUUACCACGUCAGCCAUCUGCGGUACUGACUUGCACAUUUACCACGGCAUCAUUUCCAGUAGAGAAGUCCCUUACCCUGUUGGUCAUGAAGCUAUGGGCAUUGUCGAAGAGGUUGGUGAUGCCGUCGAUAACCUGCAAGUUGGCGAUCGUGUUGCUGUCUUCGGCUUGCCUGAGGACGGUGUCAUCCACACCGAUAAUCAACUCUUCCCGGUGUCUGUUGGUUUUGGACUUGGAAAGGACUUUGGUGACCUUGGGGGACUUCAGGACAGCUCCCUCAUCAAGAUCCCGAAGAAGCUGUCCGACAAAGAGUGGCUCACCCUCAGUGAUAUCUUCCCCACCGCGUGGGAAGGUCUCAACUGGUCAGGUUUCCAGCCCGGCGACUCUGUUGCUGUUUUUGGCGCAGGCCCCGUUGGUCUCCUAUGUGCCUACAGUGCCAUCAUCCGUGGCGCAAGCCUCGUCUAUGUUGUCGAUCACAUCCCUCAGCGCCUCGCUCAAGCGGCCAGCAUCGGCGCCGUGCCCAUCAACUUCACGAAGGGCGGUUCUGCAUCUGAGCAGAUCCUGGCCCUUCGGCCGGGAGGCGUCAACCGCAGCGUCGAUUGCUGUGGACAGGAAUGUGUCAAUCAGGAGAUGAAGCCUCAGCAAGACUACAUCAUCCGCGAGGCUAUUACUGUCACCUCUGCUGGCGGGGGCAUUGGUAUUCCGGGCGUUUACGUGGCUCUAGAGAAGAGUGCAGGUGCGCCAAAUGCUGACAAGAUGAAGGAGAACAUCACCUUUCCUGUCACGGACUUCUGGGGAAAGUCUCUCACGAUAAAGAGUGGCACAGUGGAAGGCAAAACGACAUUUGCUGCCCUGGUGAGGCUAAUAGAGAGCGGACAGGCGAGGCCGGGCUUCGUCGUAACGGCCGAGUAUGACCUCGACGAUGCGCCGAAAGCGUACAAGAGAUUCGACAAGAAGCUCGAGGUCAAGGUACUCUUCCGCGGAGCUGGCAAGGAGGGCAGAGAUGACUACGAUUGGGGUGAAGAGAAGGAACAUAAGGAGGCAGGUCAGAAUGAGACCAACAAGAGGUAA